AUGUCGAGCGACGCGGAAGAGCAGCUUAAUCGCUACAUGGCUGUCAAAGUCGGACUUACCCCGGCACAGGUGAAGUUCCUCAGGAACGAGUUCAAAAAGUACGGCCGCAACCCCCUGCCCAGCUCUCUCGAGAUCAUCGCCAUUGAAAACGGAUUCGACGAGAACAAAGUCAAGGUGAGUAAACACCUUUCUACACCGUUGCAGAGCACAUGCCAGUAG